AUGGUCUUCUGCUGUUCGCACUCAGAACCCGACUUCGCGAUCAAGCCGGGGUACAAGUGCGAGCUGCAGGCAAAGGCGUGGUGCAGCCCGCCGGCAGUGAAUCCCGGCCAGCAGUAUCGCAAGAAUGGGAAGGUGAUGUGCUGCAGCAAGCUCGAGGCGACGGAGGCGGUGACGGCGGAGAGCCCAAUGGAGCGAGAAUCCCAGGAAGAUUCCACUGAGGUGAUGCCAAAAGAGGAGACUACCACUGAGGCACCGCCGAAAGAGGAGACGAACAAAAAGAUAGACACCACUGAGGCAGCUGUGGAGCCUGAGGAACCCGACUUCGCGAUCAAGCCGGGGUACAAGUGCGAGCUGCAGGCAAAGGCGUGGUGCAGCCCGCCGGCAGUGAAUCCCGGCCAGCAGUAUCGCAGGAAUGGGAAGGUGAUGUGCUGCAGCAAGCUCGAGGCGACGGAGGCGGUGACGGCGGAGAGCCCAAUGGAGCGAGAAUCCCAGGAAGAUUCCGCUGAGGUGACGCCAAAAGAGGAGACUACCACUGAGGCACCGCCGAAAGAGGAGACGACCACUGAGGCAGUUGUGGAGCCUGAGGAACCCGACUUCGCGAUCAAGCCGGGGUACAAGUGCGAGCUGCAGGCAAAGGCGUGGUGCAGCCCGCCGGCAGUGAAUCCCGGCCAGCAGUAUCGCAAGAAUGGGAAGGUGAUGUGCUGCAGCAAGCUCGAGGCGACGGAGGCGGUGACGGCGGAGAGCCCAAUGGAGCGAGAAUCCCAGGAAGAUUCCACUGAGGUGACGCCAAAAGAGGAGACUACCACUGAGGCACCGCCGAAAGAGGAGACGAACAAAAAGAUAGACACCACUGAGGCAGCUGUGGAGCCUGAGGAACCCGACUUCGCGAUCAAGCCGGGGUACAAGUGCGAGCUGCAGGCAAAGGCGUGGUGCAGCCCGCCGGCAGUGAAUCCCGGCCAGCAGUAUCGCAAGAAUGGGAAGGUGAUGUGCUGCAGCAAGCUCGAGGCGACGGAGGCGGUGACGGCGGAGAGCCCAAUGGAGCGAGAAUCCCAGGAAGAUUCCACUGAGGUGAUGCCAAAAGAGGAGACUACCACUGAGGCACCGCCGAAAGAGGAGACGAACAAAAAGAUAGACACCACUGAGGCAGCUGUGGAGCCUGAGGAACCCGACUUCGCGAUCAAGCCGGGGUACAAGUGCGAGCUGCAGGCAAAGGCGUGGUGCAUCGCGCCGGCAGUGAAUCCCGGCCAGCAGUAUCGCAAGAAUGGAAAAGUGAUGUGUUGCAUCAAGACUGAGAAGACGGAGGAAGCUGACGUUGUGACCUCUACCACCACGACAAGCACAACAACCUCUGUGAUGUUGCCUGUCAAGUCGCAUGUUCCGACGACGGACGAAGAGGCAGAGGACAUUGCUACAGACAUUGUCGUCGUGACGUCCACCACGACGAAGACCACAACGACCUCUGUCAUGCUGCCAAUCCAGCCGCAUGUUCCGACGACGGACGAAGAGGCGGAGGACGCCGUCGCUCUGACGUCUGCCACCACAAAGACCACCACAACUGCCGGCAUGGUGUCCCUUCCAUCGCCCUUGCCGACGACCACGAAGGACGAAGGGUCGGAGGCUCGAUCCUAUGGCCCUCGUAUGGAGCGCCUACUGGAGGCGCUGGUGGCAGUUGGAAAUGCAGCCGCACGUGUUGAGGAGUCCAUUCAUCACGAAGCCAAGGUGCCAAUGAAGGAGAGUUUCAUUGAGGUGCCAACAGAGGAGAGCAGCGCUGAGGCAGCUGUGGAGCCUCAGGAACCGGACUUCGAGACCAAACCUGGGUACAAGUGCCUGAUGUACGCAAAGGCAUGGUGCACCUACCCGGAAGUGAAUCCCGGCGACAAGUAUCACAAGAAUGGAAAGGUGAAGUGCUGCACCAAAAUCGAUGAGCCGGAGGCGCCGAGGAAAAAGAAUCCGAUGGCUGCCGUUGUCGACGAGAACCCUCUGAAAACGGAUGGUUUUGGAACGAAGGCCCAGUGGAAUGUCGUGGAUGAGGAAGCAGAUUCCCAGCAGAAGGAGGACGAGGAGGAGGAAGGACCGGAAGAGAUCACUCCGACAACCCCGGUGCCCAGGGAUGAGGAGAAGAUGGCCUUCUGCGGAGAGUUUGAGUUUCGGUCGGAAACGUUCAUGCGUCGCGGCAAGCCCGUGACUGUUUGCCGGAACAAAGACACUGGCCGCUUCGCCAAGGCGCUCUGUUGCAAGUGA